AUGAAAAUUCAGGCUCAAAAACCAGUGAAACCUGCAUACUCUGUUCGUAGGCGAGAGGCUAAAUCUUCAUAUUUGCGACCAUGCUGUGAAACUGAACAUGAGCAUGCUGAGGCUGCUGGCAAGAAAGGCCUAACAGGUAUUGCUCAAACAGAGGAGGUUAUCGAGGAUAAGAAUAAUCUAGGGAGUGGAUCUAGCAUGAAUAGAUAUAGAAGUGAUUGCCAGAAUCCUGUUGGAGCUCCUCUUUUUAGGCAUUUGCUGAGUAACAAUGCAUCAUCGUCUCCUAGUCAAAUUUCCCAGUUGGUACAUCAAGAAAAAGGGUUUCUUGGUAUUCCUGAAAAAGCUAAGAAUUGCAGGGAAUCAGGUUCGGCAAGCCCUGUUGAGAAAACUCUAUAUGUAGAUUCCGUACACAGGGUCUUAUCAUCCAAUUCAGAUGAAACAGCACUAACUCAAUGCACGAAGGAUGAUUUAGAGAUCCCAGUUAAUCCUGGGGAAAUGGAGGAGACUUCUUCAAUAGAUUCUUCAUUAAAGGAUUCCAAGCACUUGACUCAUGUUGUUGAUGAGAAUGCAGCAGUGCAGCAUAAGACCAUGGAGUCUGUGUAUCCAUAUUCUCUUGAAAAACAUGCUCCUUACUUGCAAAUGGACGCAUCAGACGGUACCAGAAGGGAUCAAGAUUUGAUUCAAUAUUCAAGUAAAUUGACAUGCCUAGGUGUUACCCACAACAGGAAGAAUGAUAUGGAAUGCCCAGUGAAGUUUGUGUUAAGUCGACGAGAGCACAUACAGGACCCUAAAACAUUUAUACACUCAAAAGCAGCUGAGCAUGGAAAGGUUGAUUCGGAAAGCCACCCACAAAUUAAAUCAAGUAACAGAGGAAGUUCUAGUGGCAGCAACUUAAAACUUCCACUUGCCCUACCUUUACCAAAAGCUCCAUCAGAAUCUUGGUUAAAGCGCACAUUGCCCGCUGUUUCAUCGAGAAAUACAUCCUCAUGGUCUUCUCUUGGUACAUGUAACUAUACUGAAACUCAGGCCCACACCGCCCCGUCCAGUGAUCUCAAGUGGGAAACCAUUGUUAGAUCUUCUAACGUUCAUCACGUCCGUUUGCGGUUUUCAGAGGAUCAACUUCCUCGAAUACCAGAAGCUUAG